ACAAUACCAGGCCCGUGCUUAAGAGGAAGUGAAUACUGGGUGAAUCCAGAUAUUAAACGGAAAAUGAUCAGAUGAAUAGAGAAGUAAUGCGUACAUAAAUGUUAGUUUAAUCCUAUAAUUUACAUUUAAUUUGUGUUUAUUGCAUUUAGCGGCCAUUCCGAUAAGCAGCUUGGCAGUAUAUAAAACGUGUUAGGACCUCCUUUUUCCUCAUGUCUGCUGAAGCCUCUGGUGGAAAUGUGGUCUCAGAGCCCAGCUGUGCCCCUUCAUCCCCCAGCCAUGCAACAAAGAAGAAAACCGGGCCAGGUCUGACUAGUAGUAAAUAUUUAAAGCUAAAUGUUGGUGGCUCUCUACACUACACCACAGUCCAGACCCUCAGCAAAGAGGCUGGCCUGCUCAGGAAUAUGUGUGAUGGCAGCACAGAGACUACUUUAGACUCAGAAGGUUGGGUUGUGCUUGACAGAUGUGGACGGCACUUCUCACUGGUGCUAAACUUCUUACGAGAUGGAACUGUAUCACUGCCUGAGAGCCAGCAGGAGCUGCAGGAGGUGCUAAAGGAGGCACAAUUCUAUAGACUUCAAGGUCUUAUUCAACACUGUCUGUCCACCUUACAGAAACGGAGUGAUGUCUAUGAGGGUGGCUGUUGCAUCCCCAUGAUCACCUCUGCCAAGGAGGAACAAAGAAUAAUUGCAACCUGCAGAAAGCCUGUGGUGAAAUUACAGAAUAACAGAGGGAACAAUAAGUACUCCUAUACCAGUAACUCUGAUGACAACUUGUUAAAGAACAUCGAGCUGUUUGAUAAGCUGGGACUGCGCUUUAAUGGCAGAGUGCUUUUCAUUAAAGAUGUACUCGGAGAUGAAAUUUGCUGCUGGUCCUUCUACGGAGAUGGACGCAAGAUUGCUGAAGUUUGUUGUACCUCAAUUGUUUAUGCUACUGAGAAGAAACAGACCAAAGUUGAGUUUCCAGAAGCCCGCAUCUUUGAGGAAACCCUAAACAUACUGAUCUAUGAGAAUGGGCAGGGCUCUGGUCAUGGAAGUAUUGGUUUGUUGGACUCAAGUGGUGUCUCAUCUCCUUAUGUGGGCCAGCCAGAGGAGGAUGGAGUUGGUUUGGGGGGUGGAGACAGACGUGUGAGGAGAAUCCAUGUGCGCAGACAUAUUAUGCAUGAUGAGAGGGGCCAUGGACAGCAGACUGUUUACAAGGACUAAAGUAGGGAUAUAGGAAGAGUUUUGAAAAGGUUGGAGGAAGAGUAGCGGUAUGAUUUUUAAAAUUUUGAAAACAGGUUAAAUGCAGGGAUUUGCAUUAAAGACGAGGUGAUGGAGUAGAGGUGGGAGUCUGCCAGAGUUUUUGGUCCGCUUAUACUGCACUAAUGGUGGGGUAGAGGUUUGUAUAAACUAGUUUAGAAAUAAUCUCAGAUGAGCCACAGUGUGGUUUCUUUAUUUUGUUUUUGAGGAUAAAUGUUCGUUGUUUUGAAUUUUUAUUUAUUUUAUUAAUUUAUUGUCCAAAGAUUUUCAUUUUUCAAAAGAGAUCAUGUUAGGCUAGUUAUGUGUUCAUGUAAGUGCAGGUUUUCACAUUGGAUGUUUGGAUAUGUGAUGAUAAACUGUGAUGUUUUGAAUGCAGAUGUACUUGUGUUGUGUGAGAGCUAAGAAAAGGUACUUUGAAGUGGCCCCUAACUGUGUGAUACAUUUUCUUGGACUGAAUAUAAUAUGUUUCUGCAAAUAGUCUUAACCCAGACUUUACACAUACUACAUUUAAAGUCAUAAAUUUACACAUACCUCAGCCACAUUUAAAGUUUUUAUUUCAAUUCCUGACAUUUAACCCUCUUAUGUCAGUUAGGAUCACUUCUGUAUUUUAAGAAUGUGAAAUGUCAGAAUAAUACUUAAAACAGUAGCCACUCAGGUGGCGCAGCGGUAAAAACACAGAGCUGGGAUCUCGAAUACAUCGUAUCGAAUCUCAGCUCUGCCUUGCCGGCUAGGCUGAGCGGUCACAUGAACAAUGAUUGGCCUGUUGUUCAGAUGGGCAGGACUAAGCCGGAUAUUGGUCUCUCUCUGUCAGACUGGUGCAAUUACUCUGCUGGCUGAUUAGAGGAGCCUGCACAGAGAUGAGGAAAGAGUGCUCUUAGGGUGUGUCUCUCCGUACACAACGCUAGGUGGCACAACACUCGUCAAUGUGUGGGUGAUAAGAUGCAUACGGCUUGCUGCCCACGUGUCGCAGGGGGCGUGGGUUAGCUUCGAUCUCCUCAGUCAGAGCAGGGAUAGCUUCGAUCUCCUCGGUCAGAGCAGGGAUCGGCAUAGGCGGAGAGGAAGCAUAAUGCAAUUGGACGCGCUAAAGGGGGAGAAAAUGCAUUAAAAAAUGUUUUUUUUAAAACAAAAAAAAAAAAACUUUAGUUAAAUUUCCAGUGGCUGAGAAGUUUACAUACAAGUGGUUAGUAUUUGGUAGUAUUGCCUUUAAAUUGUUUUACUCCAGUCAAACAUUUCGGGUAGCCUUCCACAACCUUCUCACAAAAAGUUGCUGGAAUUUUGGCAAGUUCCUCCUAACUGGUGUAACUAAGUCAGGUUUGUAAGCUUCCGUGCUGACACACUUUUUCAGUUCUGCCCAUAAAUUUUAUUUUAAUAUUUAAAAAAAAAAAUUCUUAGUGGAGUACUAUCCACUGUCAAUUUUAGGUUCUACUAAAGGAAGUCAAACAUGAACAUUAGUCAUCAGAGGUUAUGUAGAUUGGCAAGUAAAGUUUAGUAAGGAUUCAGGAUUAAGUAACAGCACUUUUAUAACGAGCACUGCAUGUUUUAAUACUGUAUUCAGAAAGUGUACCUCUUACCCUCAAUAAAAGACAUCCUGUUUCAAGAA